AUGCCGAACACCGUCAUUGCAUCCAAGCCUGUAGAACAAGCAGUAAAAUUCGCCCAUCGAUAUAUAGAUAUUGGAGUCAACCUGACCGACCCCGUCUUUAGAGGUCUUUAUCGGGGGAAGAGGAAACACGAUGACGAUUUCGCGGCCAUGUUGGAAAGAGCGGCUGCCGCGGGUGUAAAAAGUAUGAUAAUCACAGGUGGAAGUCUGCAUGAAUCCAAGGAAGCGUUAAAACUUGCAAAGGAACAUGGAUUAUACGCUACAGUAGGCUGUCAUCCAACUCGAUCCGGAGAGUUCGACAAGUUCAAAGGAGGUCCGGAAGGUUAUUUAAAGGCAUUAGAUGAUCUCGUUGCUGUCAAUUUGACUGGUAAAGGGAGAGUGGUCGCGAUUGGGGAAUGCGGAUUGGACUAUGACCGACUACAUUUCGCCCCAAAAGAAGUCCAGAAGACUUACUUCAGAUCGCAACUCGAGUUAGCAAAGAAAUAUCAUCUCCCAUUGUUCCUUCACUCUCGAACUGCUCAUGAAGAUCUUGUUACCAUCUUGAGGGAAGAAGGUUUUGGUGAAGACGGUGGGCGUUCUGUCGGUGCGAAAGGCGGGGUAGUCCACAGUUUUACGGGCACGGUUGAGGAAGUCGCUGAAUUGAUGAGUAUGGGCCUUCAAAUAAGCGUAAACGGCUGUUCGCUCAAAACGGAAGAGAAUCUUCGUACAGCUCAAGCAAUACUGCACGAACGAAUUAUGUUUGAAACUGAUGCCCCUUGGUGUACCAUGACCUCGACUCACGCUUCAAAAGCGCAUCUCGACUACCUUCCCGCAUCCCUUCAAUCCCUAUAUUUUCCUACAUCCGUGAAGCCCGAGAAGUUCACCUAUGGAAAACCAGUGAAGGGAAGAAACGAACCGUGUUCAAUUGGAGGCGUGGCGUGGGUCAUACAUCGUCUGAACGCCGAUGUGUCGUUUGAAAACGUGACCGAGAAAGCAUGGAAGAAUACGGUGGAAGUCUUUGGUUUACAUGAACUAGUGGAUUGA